CACACCGUCACCCUAACCCUUCCAGCGUAAAGCCUUACUCAACUCGUACAACCAUGCCAGAAACAGACGACUUAACCCCUCCAUUUGAAAAGACCUACUAUUACGAUGGAAGGAAGGAUAGACUCAUGGUAACCGCUAUGCACACCGAUAGCAUACACGCACUGAAAGACUUCGAAGUCAGAGACGAUGAUGUGUACAUUGUAACUUACCCGAAAGCAGGUACAACCUUCAUUCUCGAGAUCGUAGAUGCUAUUAUGCAUAGGGGAAACAUCGACGAAAUCAAGGGCAAAAGGAUGGAGGAUAAACUUAAUCUGAUCGAAUUAGGCCCGGCACCAGGCAUCGAAAUCGCUACGUAUAAAAAAGUGUCAACGUGGAAGUCACCUCGACAAAUCCAGACUCAUCUGCCAGUUGAUUUGAUGCCACCGCAGGUGUUCACCAAAAAACCUAGGAUUAUCCUUGUAACAAGGAAUCCCAGGGACUGUUGCAUAUCUCUUCAUGCAUGGCAUGCGACUGUAAAGUUCUUAGAGCCAUGCGAUUGGGACUAUUUAGUCGAUCGUUUUGUAGAAGGCCAGGGUUUAAUUAAUAUUUUCUCAAAUGCACUGUCAUCUGAGUGA